GAAUGGACAUCCUGACCCGCCGGAUCGUGAACGAUGACGGGGUGAACGUUGUCUACUACGUCUCCGACACUGCGGGCCAGGAGAGGUUCCGCGCCAUGUUGCCCAGCCAAGUACGGAACUCCGAUGCCGCGGUCAUCGUUUACGAUGUCACCUGUGCAAAGUCAUUUGAAAAUGUCCGCAAAUGGCUGCACUUUGUAAUGAACAACAUGUCCAUCCACACGCCCGUCAUGAUGGUGGGGAACAAAGCGGACUUGUACCACCAGAGGGAAGUCACUUUCUCGGAGGGGCUGGAGGUGGCGGAAAGAUCGAAUCUCUUAUUUGUGGAAACCUCGGCAAAGACUGGGGACCGGGUGGUGGCUGUGUUCAAACAGCUAUCUACUGUUCUGCGGGACCGCAGGAUGAAUGACUUGUUUCGUGGAGAGCAGAGGCCCCUGAGAGAGCUGGGGAUGCAACUCUCGAACUCUGCCGACGAGUACCCCAGCAAAAAAAGCUGCUGUUUAUAACGGAGAAAGGAUCAAAAGUCUCAAAAUGUUCCGUUAGCCAAGUACAAGGAGGAGUCAAUUUCUCUGCACAGUGUAUAGACGUGAGUGUGAGAUGAUGCCAAUGUUUUUUGACUGGAUGAUAUUGAUGAACACAAAUGAGGUAGAGAACCUGCAACUGGGGUGUAGGAAGGUUGAGGUGGUACUUUGUAUUCUUCUGUCCCCUACAAUGGAUGUUUUAUCUGACUUUACAGUCACUCUUGUGACCAGCAUGCUUAUUCUAUCUUACAGAGUUUUCUUCUCGGAGAGGCCAUGCAAUGUUUCAUUAUGGUACAUGCAUGCUGCUUUCAAACUUAUGUUCUUUCUUUAUCUUAUUCAGACACAGUUUGCUUAUGUCCACUAAUUAGGAUUAGGACAAAAGGGUUGAACAAAGAUUAAAUAUCCAUCCAGAUACAGUCACAAAUGAAAAGCAUGGACGCUCGGUAGUGAAAUGAGGCAGCGGCUGAAAUCCUGAUAGAUGAUCCUACAGUGGUUGCACAUCAAUGAAAGACAAUAGUAUUUGUGGAACCUCACAACUUUUUCAGCAGGCAGAAAAGAUCAAGUGCUUAUAAUAAUAAUAUAUAUUCAUUGUGUAUUUGCUGCUGUGAAAAAUGUCCUGAAGGCAGGGAUACAGAUGGUAUUUUGUAUCAUGUACAAUAGAGAAAUAAUCCUUUGCUUACAGCUGCUGUUCUUAGACUCUUGUAAGCUGGACGUUGAUGAAUACAUGUACAUGUAUAUAAGUGUAUAUAUUAUAUAGUACUUUGUUGAAUGCUUGCGUGGUGUGUGAAGAGUGAUUACGGAUGGGAUGUAGAUUUUAGGUUUUGCAUCUGGACAAUUCCAUGAAAAAUGAAACUGCAGUGACACACAUAAUCUUCUACAAAUGGUGAUCUGCUGAAAAAAUUCUAAAAAGCGAUAAAAUUGAUUUCAUUUUGGUGUGUA